UUACCAUUCCUCUUUAUUUAUUCAUUCCACACAUAAUUAUGGAGCCCCUACUAUGUACAAAGUCACAGGAGGAGCUGGAGAUACAAAAGUGAACCAAACAAAGUCCUUGCUCCCCAGAAGUUUUACAGUCUGCUCAGAGAGACAGGUCUUCCCACCAGGGUUCAUAGCCUACGGGGUACUUUGUUAAAAACGAGCAGUUACUACGAAGACUACAAUGGGAGAAAUUUUUCUGUGUAUCUCCAUGCCCUUUGGAGCACAGAUAAUUGACAGUUGGAGGCUAAAGGGCUUGGGUCGCGGGAAGGUUGUGAUAAGUCCCUGAUAGCCUCCCGUGCCCUUUUUUGACAGGUCUUCACUGAUUCAUGCAUCAAAUAUUUACUGAAUUCCGUCACUGUGCCUAGAUUUGUGCUUGAGGCAAACAAAACACAGAUCUAUUUCGAAUGCCAUUCAGAGGAAGGUAAGACAUGCACGCACGUUUAAUUAAAUAGUAAACAGAGUAGUAAAACUGGAAAAAGACUAAGAGUUCUUGGUGGUAUUAAAUGUUUUGUGAUAUUCGACACCUUAACGUCUCUGACUUGACACCAGUACUCCCGCAGAGAGUUCUUUCCUGGGUUAGGAAUUUCAGAGGACUUGGCGGACCGACUCUUGUCCCGAGUUCAGAUCACUCGACCCAGUCCUAGCAAAGAACUGAACCUAAGAGGACCUGCCGAGCCACCGUAGGGAUUGUCGGCCAACCCGCGCGCGCACAUCUUCCACCCGUUGACUCGUCAGGGCGUGAGGGCCCACCUCACGUGACCAUUAGCAGCCUCCCGAUUGGUUUUGCUCCUUUUCUCUCCCCAACUAGUGGGCUGAUGCCGCGAGAAGGUCGGGCGCAUGCGCAGUGCUCGGAUUUUGCUUGGCUACCAGGAGUGAAGCGGCCGGGUUGGGCGAUUAACAGGCGGUGGCUAGGGAGGACGGAGAGGGGGCGUUCGCUCCUCUGGGACUUUUCAUGCCUCGUUUUUUUUUUCAGAUGUGGCUUGGUCUGGACGCAAGGUCCCAGCAGCCAGCUUAAGCUUACUCUUCUGUGAAAGGGGAAAGUAUCGCCUGUGGAAAGCGGUUAAACUUGUGGAGGGGGUGCGAGACGUGAGUUCUCCCCCAUGCCAGGCGAAUGGUGUGGCCUUGAGCUGGUCAAGGAGCCGGCUCGACGUGUCUGAGGGAGGCCCCGGAGGGGGCGGGGAGGUGGCCCACAGAACGCGCGUUCUGUAAAGAGACGUUGGGAAGAUUCGAUUCCGAGAAGAGGAAGAACCGGAUUGAAAGAGAGCCAGGCCGCUGAGGGGGAGGGGGCUGCCAAGAUGGCGUCGGCCUCCUCCGGGCCAUCGUCUUCGGUCGGUUUUUCAUCCUUUGAUCCCGCUGUCCCUUCCUGUACCUCGUCCUCAGGAGACUGUUGAUUUCUGAGGGAUAUGGUUCCCUUUUUCAGAGAGAAUCUCUUAUAUGUGCUGAUACAGGUUUCAACUUUCUGUGCUGUGGGGUCAGCCGUAAGAGAGCAUCUGGAAUCAAGAGACCCAUGGCAUCUGAGGUGCCUUAUGCCUCUGGCAUGCCCAUCAAGAAAAUAGGCCAUAGAAGUGUUGAUUCCUCAGGAGAGACAACAUAUAAAAAGACAACCUCAUCAGCCUUGAAAGGUGCCAUCCAGUUAGGCAUUACCCACACUGUGGGGAGCCUGAGUACCAAACCAGAGCGUGAUGUCCUCAUGCAAGAUUUCUACGUGGUAGAGAGUAUCUUCUUUCCCAGUGAAGGGAGCAACCUGACCCCUGCUCAUCACUACAAUGACUUUCGUUUCAAGACCUAUGCACCUGUUGCCUUCCGCUACUUCCGGGAGCUAUUUGGUAUCCGGCCCGAUGAUUACUUGUAUUCCCUCUGCAGUGAGCCGCUGAUUGAACUCUGUAGCUCUGGGGCUAGUGGUUCCCUGUUCUAUGUGUCCAGCGACGAUGAGUUCAUUAUUAAGACAGUCCAACAUAAAGAGGCGGAAUUUCUGCAGAAGCUGCUUCCAGGAUACUACAUGAACCUCAACCAGAACCCUCGGACUUUGCUGCCUAAAUUCUAUGGACUGUACUGUGUGCAGGCAGGUGGCAAGAACAUUCGGAUUGUGGUGAUGAACAAUCUUUUACCAAGAUCGGUAAAAAUGCAUAUCAAAUAUGACCUCAAAGGCUCAACCUACAAACGGCGGGCUUCCCAGAAAGAGCGAGAGAAGCCUCUUCCCACAUUUAAAGACCUAGACUUCUUACAAGACAUCCCUGAUGGUCUUUUUUUGGAUGCUGACAUGUACAAUGCUCUCUGUAAGACCCUGCAGCGUGACUGUUUGGUGUUGCAGAGCUUCAAGAUAAUGGAUUAUAGCCUCUUGAUGUCAAUCCAUAAUAUAGAUCAUGCACAACGAGAGCCCUUAAGCAGCGAAACACAAUACUCAGUUGAUACUCGAAGACCGGCCCCCCAAAAGGCUCUGUAUUCCACAGCCAUGGAAUCCAUCCAGGGAGAGGCUCGACGGGGUGGUACCAUGGAGACCGAUGACCAUAUGGGUGGCAUCCCUGCCCGGAAUAGUAAAGGGGAAAGGCUUCUGCUUUAUAUUGGCAUCAUUGACAUUCUACAGUCUUACAGGUUUGUUAAGAAGUUGGAGCACUCUUGGAAAGCCCUGGUACAUGACGGAGACACUGUCUCAGUGCAUCGCCCAGGCUUCUACGCUGAACGGUUCCAGCGCUUCAUGUGCAACACAGUAUUUAAGAAGAUUCCCUUGAAGCCUUCUCCUUCCAAAAAGUUUCGGUCUGGCUCAUCUUUCUCUCGGCGAGCAGGCUCCAGUGGCAACUCCUGCAUUACUUACCAGCCAUCGGUCUCUGGGGAACACAAGGCACAAGUGACAACAAAGGCGGAAGUGGAGCCAGGCGUUCACCUUGGUCGUCCUGAUGUUUUACCUCAGACUCCACCUUUGGAGGAAAUCAGUGAGGGCUCGCCUAUUCCUGACCCCAGUUUCUCACCUCUAGUUGGAGAGACUUUGCAAAUGCUAACUACAAGUACAACCUUGGAAAAGCUUGAAGUUGCAGAGUCAGAGUUCACCCAUUAAGCUCAAAGCCUCAGAAGACCUGGAACAAGAUUCUGCCAUCUCUGUGAUCCCAAGAUGUCAGCCCUUGCCCCCCAGCAAUGCUGAAUUUUCUUCUACUUGGUCAUCAAAAAAGGAGUGUAAUAGAAGCGAGGGGAGCUGCUCCUCCAUCUUCUUCCUAAAGAAGAACCUCCUCUCCUUCCCCUUCCUCAUGAAUGGGCAUUAGUGCCUCAGAGAGUUGAGGACCGCAGCAUCCCCUCCACUCCAGAGUUGGGUGGUACGGAUUUUCAACUGGCUAACCCUUGGCCUCCACAAUUGAAUUUUUUUCAGACCCCCAUUCUUCAUGCUGGAAAUGGGAUUGCUGGACUUGGCAGCUUUCUUUCCCCUCGUCUUUGACCAGGAACUGGACUCUUAAUUUCCUCAGGACAGACUAGCUGGCACAUUAUCCCCACCUUAGUUCUUUCUCUCUGAUCCCUGGAAGAAUACUCCUGUAAUCUUUGUAAAGGUUUUUGGGGGAUAAGGGUGUUUAACCACCUCCCAGCUUUCUUCUUUUUUUUUUUUUUUCCUGAAAAAAGGAAAAAGCGCACAGCACACAAUUUCAAGCCAUUUUCAGAUCAGAACUCCAGAAGUGUUGAGAAGAUGCCUAUUCGUAGGGUUCCCUCAGAAGAGCCAUGGUGUUUGUGAAGAGAAGUGAUUGCUCUGCCAAAAGCAGCUCCUCUUUACACUCCUCCUCUCUUGAUGAAUUUCUUAAGGCUGAAGGAAUGAAGAGAGUGGGACAUGGGGUAAUCUUUAUCCCUUUUAUUAAAACAGGAGGCAGCCAUGGGCUGGGAGAUCAUAGCCCUUCCUAGGCACAAUCCUGUUCACUGCCAGGCUGUGAUAAUUAUUACUAUUUUGCAAUUUGAAAUAUAUUCUGGUUGUUUUUCUAAAUGUGAAGACUUGCCAAAUGAAUUUUAGAUCAUUCUCCAAAGGAGAUUUUUUUGCUCUUCUCGUCUUUUCCAACAGUGUUCUCCUGUUUGUGGAGCUAAGGUAAAGAGGGGACACUUCUGUCUGUUUAACAGGCAGUCCAUAUCUAUGAGGCCAGCAAAUAUUUUCUUAAACUCAUGGGGAGACAGCAGAUUCUUGCCUUGGUGAGGUCAUUGCUGUGCCAUAUGUCCUACCCCCCUGUCUUCAUGCAGGGAAGUUGGAAAUGGGGGCUACAUAUGCCCUCUCCUCCCCUUCUACAAGAGUUGUGGUUUUCCAUCUGAUCCUUCCACUCUUGUCAGGGGAAGAAGGGGGCCUGGUAUCUCAGGCAGAUUGUUGAAUUCCUGUUCUAUCCCUUCUCUAUCACACCCUGCCUUGAUAAUAUGUUAGCCCAUACCCCCAAAUAACUGUCUAUAUUAGACACCCCCAGCCAGUUUCUGGCUGCCUGUCUUUGCUGCCAUGUUUUUUACAAGAAGGAAAGAAUUCUUGCUAUUUUUUUUUCAUAAUUUACUAUUUAUGAUGUAUUUAAGUGUUUUAUUAAGGACAGAGUUCUGUUAGGGGUGGGAGGGAAUAUUUGAGGGAGGGCUGGGUCUUAGGGAAAGGAAUGGAGAAUCAACAUUUUUAUUAAGUGUUACUAUUUGCCUCUACUUUGUAUUGUUCAGAAAUGGCAAAUACAAUAUAAAAGUGAUAUAUGGUUUUAAUGUAAUAAACUUUAAUCAGUUAUUUAGA